GGAAGGUUCCCGGAUGUUUGCUGUCGAGUGGAGAGCAGACGGGAAAAGGUGUUGAAACCGAGGGACGGUACUGACCGACACACCGGCCAAUGUAAAGCAAGUCCAACUCGGGACAAGCAACGAAAGUGCGAACGCCAGGGGGGUAAAGGAGCCCAACCCCCUGGGGAAAGAAGAAUUAGGUGGACCACUUGGGACUGUUGUUCCAGCCCGAACCUGGACCGGUCCGUUGAUAUACCCGGGGAUGAGCUGGGUUUCCUGAGCAGGCAGCAGCACGGCUCUGAUCGCUGACUGCAGUCGGACUCACCGCGCAGCACAAGAGCCGUGAGCUGAGGGAGGUUGUGCUCUUGCCCUCUCUCACCUGGCCCCCCCCUCCCCUCCCCCCUGCCCGUAGCGCACCGAUCCCGGUCCCGCCCCCCGCCCCCCCCCAUCCUCGCGGGCAGGCAUGACGUCAGAGCUGGAGAGCAGUUUGACGUCCAUGGAUUGGCUGCCGCAGCUCACCAUGCGGGCGGCCAUCCAGAAGGCCGACGCCCAGAACGCCCACGGGCCGGGCGUGGCCAAGAAGGGCGCCCUGCUGGACCCCAACACCACGCUGGACCAGGAGGAGGUGCAGCAGCACAAGGACGGCAAGCCGCCCUACAGCUACGCCAGCCUCAUCACCUUCGCCAUCAACAGCUCCCCGAAGAAGAAGAUGACCCUGAGCGAGAUCUACCAGUGGAUCUGCGACAACUUCCCCUACUACAGGGAGGCGGGCAGCGGCUGGAAGAACUCUAUUCGGCACAAUCUGUCACUGAACAAGUGUUUUCUCAAAGUGCCUCGAUCGAAAGACGACCCCGGAAAGGGGUCCUACUGGGCGAUCGACACAAACCCUAAAGAGGAUGCCCUCCCCACGAGGCCGAAGAAGAGGCCGCGGUCCGGAGAGCGGGCCUCCACGCCGUACAGCUUGGACUCGGAUUCCCUGACAAUGGACUGUAUUAUGUCUGGAAGUGCCUCUCCAACUUUGGCAAUCAACACUGUGACUAACAAGGUAGCAUUGUACAACACCGACCAGGACGGCAGCGACAGCCCGCGCAGCAGCCUUAACAACAGCCUGUCCGACCAGAGCCUGGCGUCGGUCAACUUGAACAGCGUGGGCAGCGUGCAUGGCUACACUCCGGUCACCAGCCACCCCGAGCCCGUGUCGCAGUCCCUGAGCCUCCAGCAGACCCCUCCCCCCCAGUACAGCAUGCAGGAGCGGGAAAAGCAGCUGCUCUUCUCCGACUUUGAAGAUCUCAGUGCCUCUUUCCGCAGCCUUUACAAGUCCGUCUUUGAGCAGUCCUUCAGCCAAGGAGUUAACUCCUUCAGUCAGCAGGGUCUGAUGGGCCUGCCGUCGGAUUCGGCUCCUCAGACGCACACCUCCUGCUCGUACCAGCAGGCCCCCGGCGGCGCCCUCAGCUCCCACCCCCACGGCGGCCAGAACAGCAUCGCCAACAGCGGCGGGCAGGUGCCCCUGUCCCACCCCCAGAACGCCCACGGCUCGCCCCACGGCCAGCACCUGCCCCAGCACGGCCAGCACCACGCCCCCCAGCACGGGCCCCACCCCUCCCAGCACGGGCCGCACCCCCAGCAGCACGGGCCCCACCCCUCCCAGCACGCGCAGCAGCUCGGACAGCACCCGUCCCAGCAUGCACCUCACCCCCAGCAGCACCAGAACCACCAGCAUCCGUCCCUGUCGCACCCGCAGCACCCCGCGCAGCAGCAGAUGUCCUGCAAUGCAGGGCUCCCCACUGACUGGUACCCCAAUCUUGAUGCACUGAAAGAGAGCUGCAGGAUCGCCAGCAGCUACAACUGGGCAGAUGUGGAUCUCUCGCCCUUUCAAGGGCUGAAGGAGAGCAUGAGGCAGGCGGAUCUCAACAACUGGUCCCUGGACCCUGCUCAGAUCGCAGACCUCUGCUCUUCAAUCAACCAGUUCUUCACCCGCACUGGAGUCAUCCCACCACAGGGGGCAGUGCAGCCGCCCGUGUGCCACAGUUCCAUGCAUCCCAACAAGCCCAACCAGCACAACCAGCACAUCAACACAGGAAAUCUCUACAUGGACACCAGACAAAACAUGUCCCCUAUGAUGGGCCCCCCAGGGUACCCCCACAUGCCCCCCAUGAGCAGUGCGGGUCCCACCAUGACAGGACACCAUCCGCAGAUGAACCAGCAGCACAUGAUCUCUCCUGGAAACUUCCAGAUGCGGCGCAUGCCUGCAGACGACAUCCAGGACGACUUUGACUGGGACUCCAUCGUGUAGGCCGGGGGGGGCCGCGCAUGGGGGUAACCGAGAGGCACAGGAGAGCCAGGCUGGGACUGCCACGCCCCGUGGAGGGAGACAAUCUGGGACAGGAGACGCCACAAGUAUAAGUUCCUGAUCCCGAUCUUUUUACAAAAAAAAAUAAACAAAUGAAUAAAAAAAAAAACAAACCGAAAGUUACUUUGAAGACAAUCAUAUUUAGGAGGACAAAGAUAAAAAUGAUCGCUUUUGCACUUGCCGGCAACGGCAAGUGAACUAAUGACACCUCCCACUCCACCUUCCCAUCCCUCCCCCCACUCCCCACCCCCUGCCCCCCUCACCCCCUCACCCCCCCACCCCCUCAGAAAUCCCGAAUCUCUCUUUUUUGACGGAGCUCUCUGAGCUUCUUAACUAUUGUGUGAUGUUUUGGUCGACUCGUUCAGCUUGUUAUCCUGCCUGUGUUGACUGACAAAGGCCUCAGCUGCCGCUGGGACACGUUUGCUCGUCUGUAUUUCACGUGUGUGUUUGUUUUUUUUUAAACGAGCGUUUUCCUGUCCGUGCUGGAUGCCUCUGGAGAGCGGGGAGCGUGUGGGGAACCGGACGCGGCUCGCCCAUGUCCACGGGGCGGGCGUGGUCAGGACGGUGCCGGAGGAGGGGCGGCACUCGGCUCUGUCACUGGCCGUGGGGGGUUCUGGGUACUGAGAGACGCCCACCGGGGCGUGGCACCGUGGUCAAACAGCUGCGUCCAUCCCAGUUUGCCAUUUAGGACUUGCAGUCAGCUAUAGCAGACACCACAGAAAAGUUCAAAUUAUAAAUUAGAUGUAAAUUAAUGAAUUCGAUCUAAUUAUAAAAUAAAUGUAAAUUAUGGUAGUUGUUUUAACAAUUACAGAGCACGCACGGAGCGUCUCUUCGGUGUGCUGUCUGAAGGUGUGAAAUCUUUUAUCUCACUGCUAGAGCAUUUGCAAAAUGCUUCUGGGAGAUGUUUCAAAACAUAGAAAAAUGCCCUGAUGUUUUUAAAUAGAAGUUUAUAUUUUUUUAAAUGCUUUUAAAUGUUUUGACGGUUAUUUUUGGUAGCGCUGAAGGCUCAGUGGUGGGUGUGCUCUUUGGGGGCUGAUACACAGGGGCUCAGCACGUCCCCGCCGGCGCGGGACGGGCGCUCCGGAAGGGCCGGUGUCUGCACACGUCCGAGAACGCCGCCGCUCCCCCCGCCUCCCUCGCCGCGGCUAAAUGAAAUGUUUUUAUGAGAGGACAGAGCGGCGGAGGCGAACAGGCGGGGGAAAUCAGACGCCGUGUCCUUCUAUCGAUUCCCCCGCCGAGCCAAGGGCCAAUCUGCGCAUCUCACAUCCGGGCCGCCCCCGCCGAGGGCUGCUUAUCGGCUCCUCGCCGGUGACUCCGCAGCCAGUGAGCUUGUGACAUCACAGUCGCGUGACAUCAUAACUGUUGUACCUGGACAGCUUCAUAGCUAAGCAAGCUGUGGGUGGUUUCAUGCAGUUUGCUUACUAUGGACCAGUGCUACAGAAGGUAGCCAGCUGUUUGAGUGAUGUCAUGUAAUGUUGUUGCUUGGUUGCUCCCUAACUGGCAACAGUUCAGUACCUAAUGACUAACUGAGCAUUUACCACUAGGCUAGUGUAUGUGUACCCCCCUCAUACAGAGCUGCCCCGUUGGUUAAGCAGCCUUGCAAAGCACAAGACCGUGACACCCUGUCUCUGGUUCAGACCUUCGCACAGGGUAGCGUUGCUGGUGCUAGCGCUGGCCUGAUCCCAGUACCAUUCACACCCAGGGCAGUGACGCACUGCGUAAUUAGCACCUCGCUGCUACUCCAUAGCCGUUCUGUCCUGCCAGAACAUUUUUGUGGAGCGGUGUGUGGUGUGGGGGUGGUUGGGAGGGGCUCGCUCGGUCCUCACUGUGUGAGGGCAGGUUGGUCGGUGACUGACUUUGUCGGUUUCAGUCCAAACUCAGCCUUCUCGUUCUCAUAGUGUAACAGUCAACGGUUUUGAAAUUUAGCCGCAUCCCGUGGCUGUCUUUGUGUAAGGAGGUUACAGUACAAAAACACUGUGCGAAACCCAGAAGGGAAACACUAACGAGAAGAAUGGCUAGAUCUUGUCUGACAAAGAAAUUUAUUGAACACAACAACUCUAUCAAUCAAAGAACCAGCUGCACACAAAAAAAAAAAAAUACCGGAGUUUCAUUUCCGUCUUGAGAGCGACUCCUUCCUGCC